AUGGAGCAAAGGAACAACGUGACAGAGUUUGUGCUCUUGGGACUCAUUCAGAACCUCCAGGAUCAGAAAAUAUUGUUUGCUUUUUUCUUGCUGAUCUACAUGGUAACAAUUGCAGGCAAUUUUCUCAUUGUCCUGACCGUGGCACUCAGUCCAGUCUUGCAUGCACCGAUGUUCACUUUUCUUGGCUACUUAUCAUUUAUGGAUGCCAUUUAUUCCAGUACAGUUACCCCAAAGUUGAUUAUAGGCUUACUCUAUGAAAAGACAACCAUUUCCUUCAAAGCUUGCAUGACGCAGCUUUUUGUAUCUCACUUAUUUGGUGAUGUUGAUGUUAUACUUCUGGUUGUCAUGGCCUAUGACCGCAUUGUGGCCAUCUUCGAACCCUUGCAUUAUUUGGCCAUCAUAAACCAACAGCGUUGUGCCAUGCUCAUACUCCUGACCUGGUUUGGGGGUCUUCUGCAUGCAGUCCCACAUGUACUUUUCAUUUACAAUCUUCCUUUCUGUGGUCCCAACAUUAUUGACCACUUUGGCUGUGACAUGUACCCCUUAAUAAAACUCGCCUGCACUGACACCUAUGUAGUUAGCCUCAUUGUGCUGGCCGAUGAUGGGAUGAUCUCUGUGGCCAUCUUUACAAACUUGCUUGUCUCUUAUGGGAUCAUUCUGCAAUCCAUGAAGAGCCUGAGUCAGGAAGGGAGGCACAAAGCCUUAUCUACCUGUGGCUCCCACAUCACUGUGGUCGUCCUGUUCUUUGUUCCUUAUAUUUUCAUUUAUGUGAGACCUCCCUCUACCUUACCUACUGAUAAAUCUUUGACUGUGUUUUACACUGUAAUCACACCUAUGUUGAACCCCCUCAUCUAUACUCUGAGAAAUUCAGAAAUAAAAAGUGCCAUGAGGAAGCUCUGGGGUAGGAAGCAGAUUUGA